AUGGGUCACCUGGAACUGCUGCUUGUGGAAAACUUUAAGUCUUGGCGGGGCCGCCAGGCCAUCGGCCCCUUCAAGAAGUUCACCUGCAUCAUCGGCCCCAACGGCUCCGGAAAAUCUAACGUAAUGGAUGCACUUAGUUUUGUAAUGGGGGAAAAACCGGCUAAUUUAAGAGUAAAACAUCUUCAAGAACUUAUUCAUGGAGCACAUAUUGGAAAACCUGUUUCUUCUUCUGCAAGUGUGAAAAUUGUCUAUGUGGAAGAUAGUGGAGAAGAAAAAACAUUUGCAAGAAUUAUUCGAGGAGGAAGCUCAGAAUUUUAUUUUGAUGAUAAUCCUGUGAGUCGCUCUGCCUAUUUAGCAGAGUUGGAGAAGAUAGGCAUAAUAGUCAAAGCAAGAAACUGUCUAGUCUUCCAGGGAACUGUAGAGUCAAUUUCAAUGAAAAAACCCAGAGAAAGAACCCAGUUUUUUGAAGAAAUCAGCACAUCAGGGGAGCUUAUAGGAGAAUAUGAAGAAAAGAAAAAAAAGUUACAAAAAGCGGAAGAGGAUGCACAAUUUAAUUUUACUAAGAAAAAAAAUGUAGCUGCAGAGCGCAAACAUGCAAAACUAGAAAAAGAAGAGGCAGAACGUUACCAGAGUCUACUUGAAGAACUGAAAAUAAACAGGAUACAAUUGCAGCUUUUCCAGUUGUAUCAUAAUGAGAAGAAAAUUCAUUUUCUGAGUAUUGAGUUAGAGCAUGCAAAUCGGGAGCUGAGUGCCACCAAGGAGUCUUUUUCUCAUCAGGAAGGGGUAGUCAAAGCCAAGAAAAAGGAACAUGGAGUGCUAACCAGACAAGUACAGCAAACAGAGAAAGAGUUAAAAUCCCUUGAAGCACUUUUAAAUCAGAAGAGGCCUCAGUAUAUCAAAGCUAAAGAAAAUACUUCUCAUCACCUCAAAAAAUUAGAUGUGGCCAAGAAGUCAAUAAAAGACAGUGAGAAGCAGUGUUCUAAACAGGAAGAUGACAUAAGAGCCCUUGAAGUGGAGCUGGUUGAUUUAGAUGCUGCGUGGCAAAGAUUCGAAAAGCAGAUUGAGGAAGAAAUCUUACAUAAAGGGAGAGACAUUGAGCUGGAAACAAGCCAGCUGGAUCAUUACAAAGAACUUAAAGAAAAAGUGAGAAAGAAAGUGGCUAUAAUGACCCAGCAACUGGAAAAACUGCGGUGGGAACAGAAGGCUGAUGAAGAAAGGCUGGCAUUUGAAAAGAGGAGGCAUGGAGAUGUUCGGGGGAAUAUAAAACAAACAACAGAACAAAUAGACGAUAAUAAAAAGAGAAUAGAAAAGUUGGAGGAAUACACAAAGACAUGCAUUGAUUGCCUGAAUGAGAAAAAACAGCAAGAAGAAAUCCUUCAAAAUGAAAUUGAAAAAGCAAAAGCAAGAAUGUCUGAAAUUAAUGAAGAAUUGAAUCUUAUUAGAAGUGACUUGGAGAACGCUGGAAUUGAUACUCAUGAGGGGAAACGGCAGCAAAAGAGAGCAGAGGUUCUGGAAAACCUCAGAAAACUCCACCCAGAGUCUGUGUUUGGAAGACUGCUGGACCUGUGUCAUCCUAUUCAUAAGAAAUACCAACUGGCAGUUACAAAGCUUUUUGGUCGGUACAUCUUUGCUAUUGUUGUGACCACUGACAAAGUGGCAAGAGAGUGUAUCCAGUAUCUGAAGGAAGAAAGAGCUGAGCCAGAGACAUUCCUUGCUUUAGACUACCUUGAUAUCAAGCCCAUCAAUGAAAGACUGAGAGAGAUUAAAGGCUGUAAAAUGGUGAUAGAUGUGAUAAAGACUCAGUUUCCUCAGCUGAAGAAAGUGAUUCAGUUUGUAUGUGGAAAUGGCCUUGUCUGUGAGACAGUGGAAGAAGCCAGGCAUGUUGCCUUUGGUGGACCGGAAAGGCGCAAAACGGUAGCUCUUGAUGGAACAUUAUUUUUAAAAUCGGGAGUGAUUUCUGGAGGAUCAAGUGAUUUAAAAUACAAAGCUCGGUGCUGGGAUGAGAAAGAGUUAAAGAACUUAAAAGACAAAAGAAUCCUGUUAAUCCAAGAACUGAAGGAUUUAAUGAAGAUACUUCGUAAGGAGACAGAUUUGAAACAAAUUCAGACUUUAGCGCAAGGAACUCAUACACGACUCAAAUAUUCACAAAGCGAACUAGAGAGUAUUAAAAAGAAGCAUAUUGCUGUGCUUCACAGGGAACAAUCUCAGCUACAAAGUGAACUACUAAACAUUGAGUCUCAAUGUACUAUGCUCAGUGAAGGAAUCAAAGAACAGCAAAAAAGAAUUGAAAAAUUUCAAGAGAAAAUAGACAAGGUAGAGGAUGAUAUUUUCCAACACUUCUGUGAAGAAAUUGGCGUGGAAAAUAUUCGCGAAUUUGAGAACAAACAUAUUAAGCAGCAACAGGAAAUUGAUCAAAAAAGAUUGGAAUUUGAGAAACAAAAGACUCGGCUAAAUAUUCAGGUAGAAUAUAGUCGAAACCAGCUGAAGAAGAAACAAAGUAAGAUCAUAGCACUAAAAGAAACAGUUCAGAAAGGUAAAGAAGACAUUGAUAACCUGAAGAAGACUGAAGAAAGUUGCCUGCAAGUAGUGAAUGGUCUUUUGGAUAAGCAGCAGCAAUUUAAGGACAUUUUUGUCACUCAGAAUUCCAACAUUGAAAAGAUCCAGGCUCAGAUUGAAGAAGAACGGAAGAAGCUUUUGGUUAUUGAUAGGGAAGUGGGAAAAUCACAAAAAGAAUUUGUAAAGAUUCAAACAUUUCUGGAACAGAAACAGUUGGAGAAACACAAUAUGCUGCUUGAUUGCAAAGUUAAAGACAUUGAGAUCACUCUUCUGCUGGGGUCCCUGGAUGACAUCGUUGAAGUCGAGUUGGGAACAGAAGGAGAACAGACCCAAGUCACUCCUGACAUAUAUGAAAAAGAAGCAGCCAUUGAAGUGGACUACAGCUCCCUGGGGGAGGAUUUGAAGACUCUGCAGUCGGAUAAAGAAAUUGAAGCCCAGCUCAACAUCCUCCUGCAACAGGUAGCAGCUCUGGAAGAUGUCUUGCUGAAGACAGCCGCCCCCAACCUGCGAGCUCUGGAGAACUUGAAGACUAUCAGAGACAAGUUUCAGGAGUCCACCGAUGCUUUUGAGGCCAGCAGAAAGGAAGCCAGAAUAUGUAGGCAAGAGUUUGAACAGGUGAAAAGGAGGAGAUAUGAUCUUUUCAGCCAAUGUUUUGAGCAUGUGUCUAUCUCAAUUGAUCAAAUCUACAAGCAGCUCUGCCGAAACACCAGUGCCCAAGCAUUUCUUAGCCCAGAGAACCCUGAGGAGCCUUACUUGGAGGGGAUUAGCUACAAUUGUGUGGCCCCAGGCAAACGGUUUAUGCCAAUGGACAAUCUGUCAGGGGGAGAAAAGUGUGUGGCCGCGCUGGCCCUCCUGUUCGCCGUGCACAGCUUUCGGCCAGCUCCGUUCUUUGUCUUAGAUGAAGUGGAUGCAGCCCUGGACAAUACUAACAUCGGCAAAGUAUCAAGUUACAUCAAAGAACAGACACAAGAGCAGUUUCAAAUGAUAAUCAUCUCUCUAAAGGAGGAGUUCUAUUCAAAAGCUGACGCCUUGAUUGGCAUCUACCCAGAGCAUGAGGACUGCAUGUUCAGCCGAGUCCUUACCCUGGAUCUCUCUCAGUAUCCAGACACUGAUGGGCAAGAAAACAGCAAGAGGCACCGAGAGGCCUGUUAG